AUGCAUGUAAAGUUUCAGGGAGACAAUGCGAUUCAAAUUGCGGGAGACAUUUCUUCGACAAGGCAGGUUCUAAGCGACGAGAGACUCUUAGGCCGUGUGCUUGAUUGUGCUCUCGAUGAGCAGGUUGCACAACAGGCUGAUCAGAACUAUCUAUCCAAACCAGAUAUUGGUGGACAGCUUUCAGAACUGGACACCGCGACAACGGUGAGGUCGUCCUCAGACAUCAUCCGAGACCUGCCCAGCAGAGUUCCCUCGAUCGAUAUUGCUGGCAAUUAUCCUAAAAUAGCCACAGAGUUCUUGGUUGAUGGAGUGUUGGCUCACAAGGUGGCAAAUUUUCCUCUUUGCGCUUGA